AUGGCCGUUCGAUGCCAGUUCGCUUUGAUCAUUUUGAUCGCGGACAAUAGCGCCAUAUUAUCCGCGGCGAUGCGAUCGCUGGGUGGUGCCAAGAGGCUACGGAAUGCUGACCUGAGGGACGGUGACUCUGCGAGAGAGCGGCGACACCACGCCCCUCAAUGUGGAGUGUCGUCGAAACGCGUCUUCGUCACUGUCGUCGUUGGUCGAGCGUCGCCUUCACGCCAGUUAGUGCACUCCGUCCGUCCGUCCGUCCGUCCGUCCGUUCUUUUCCCUCAUCGCCGCAUCCGCCUCUGCUUCCGUUCGCCUGGUGCUGCCCGUUAUUGGCGUUUGGUGGCUGGCAAAGAAUCGACGACUUCGUCGUCGCUGCUGAUCGAAGAGCUCCACUACCGCCAUUGCUCCUGUUGCUACUGUCGUUCGGCUGUUGACUCUUCGAUUGACUCGCCAGCAGCUUCACCGCACCGCUACUUCCAUUGCCGUUAUUCGUUGACCUUUGAACUAUCGAGCAAGUAA